AUGGAAGUGGCCUCGGCACCUCCAAUGUCUGUCGAGCAGCCGAAGGAAGGUAAAUGGAGCAACAAGUGCAGGAACAUCUGUGUCGCCGUCCUGGUGGUCGUCCUGAUCAUCGUCCUGGUGAUUUUGAUAUUGGCCCUGACGGUUUUCAAGGCCAAGAAACCGGUGAUCACGGUGAAUUCGAUGAAUCUGAAGGACCUCAAUGUCUCCUUCGACAUGGCGCGGAUGAAAGCCUUGCUGAACAUGACGUUGGACAUGGACCUCUCCGUGAGGAACCCAAACAGGGUGGGAGUCGAUUACACGGACACGUCCGUGGAAUUAGGCUACCAAGGAGAGCCCAUCGGAGAAGCUCCAAUCCCUGCAGGCAGGAUCUCAGCUGACAGCACGGAGGACAUGAACGUUGCGGUGACGGUAAUGGCAGAUCGCAUGCUGUCAAACCCACGGACGUACUCCGACAUCAUGGGUGGCGUGCUUCCCAUGACUGCUUCCACGAAUAUAUCGGGCAAGGUUUCCAUCUUGAGCGUGUUCAAGAUUCAUGUGAAGUCCGCAGUUUCCUGCGACAUCAAUGUGUUCAUUUCCAAUAGAACCAUUGAUGAGCACCAAUGCGAGUAUGAGACGGAGUUGUAG